AUGGAGGCGGAUUUCUUCUGCCAGGAAUGCAAGGCAUUCACGCAGACGGUGCUCGAUCGAUCCACGGGGGACACGGUCUGCACAGAGUGCGCUCUGGUCGUCGAUCACCACUACGUCGACCUCACCUCUGAGUGGAGGGUCUUCGCUGAUGAUACCGAUGGCGAGGAUAAGGUCCGGGUUGGGGGGGCAUCCAAUCCCCUUCUGGGGGACGAAGGCGGCCUCGCGCCCACGCUCAUCUCCAAGACGAACGGCAAGCCGACAUUAUUCUCGGUGGCCCGCGCGCAAGCCAAUGAUCCCCAUCGCGCCCUCAUCCAGGCCUUCGGAACCAUAUCGGCUAUGGCCAACAGGUUCCAUUCUCUUCCGCGCGCUCUCGACUAGGUUUUUGUCUGGGGGCGGUUAUGCUGAUGUCCUUGAUAUCGUCAUCUUCUUCAUGUUUAGCGAACGGAAGCGAUCACGAAUCGAAGCUAUACUGUCAAUUGGAUCUCCGAAUAUACUGUUUUACUUUUAAAAAAUGGAGAGGUGAAAAUCCUGGGCUGGGAAGUCGUAUUCUUUAUCAAUCAGGGCUCCCGGUGGAAGAUGAUAGUGUGGAUUAUAAUUUUAUCCUCCGAGGUCACCUUGCUGCCGAUGGAUGUCCACGGGUGUCACGAAUGGGGAACACUUCCUUAAUCCAAUAGACGGAGAAAGUUUUGGCUACUAUCAGGGUUAUAUUGUAUGUGAACAAGUACAUAAACUUCGCAAAGAAAAACGGCAAAAUACGGGGAUCUAAAUAUCUUGGGUAACCUGGCAAGCUUGGAUCGACAGUAUUCAUCUGAUGACUGAAGGCAAUGACGGAUGAGUACCAUAGAAAAAAUAAGAAAAAUAAGACAUUUGAAAUUAUCAUUGGUGUCGUUCUAGAAUUCUUUGCGUUGAAUGAUCUCUGGGUGAAGGGCAUAAUUUUUCCACGGGGAAGGCGGGGCAAACCAGAUCACUCCUUGAAAUUGUGCACACAUAAAACCUUCACUCAGAUUACGAAUUAAUAUGGCUCACAGUAAAACGGAGUUCCAGUAUCGAUUCAAUCCAUUUUCUAGGUACCUUAUGGAAGAGCAGCAUGGAAACGACUAAACUCUUUCAGAUUUUUUAUAAAUGAAAGCUCUCGGAUAAUUUUUGUCCUUCUCUCUUAUUGUACUAGAUGUCCAUAUUUUCUGCUAGCUAAUACGUGGUGGUCUUCCAUCAGCUUCCUUCCUCUGAAAAAUCCUUUGGAUGCAUGCCUUAAACAACUAAUGUGUCGGGUUGACUUAUAGACCUUAGGUCUUCUAUUUAGAAUUCAGGUAUCCGAAUUUUGAAGCGGAUGUAAUGCUCUUAUACCGGUAGUGAAAUAUAUGCUUUCAUUGUUGGUCACAUAGAUCUCUGUCAGUGUAUCAUUUCCCUAUUUCUGGUACGAGAUAUAUGACCCCCAUGCACUUUGUAAAAAAAUUCCACUAGCUCCCUCGUAGUAUAGAAUCUAACUUUUUAGCAGUAGGACAUUCAGAAUUACCAUUUCAUAUUGUCUUCCAGCCCUUCUGGUUGACACGUAUCAGAUUGGUUUCUCUCCUUCCAUGUAUGGCAUUCAUAUGCGAGUUUUCCUUUUUUUCUGACGGCAUCGUAAUUUCUUUUUUCCAGAUUGCACCUUGUUUCGAAGAUUGAGGUACGUCAGGCCCAUAUUCAUAUAUUCUUUAUUUUGUUCCUCCGUUUUAUCCUUUAUAGCAUUGCUGAGUUGAUGGUAAUUGUAAGCCUCAGUGAGGAUUCUGAUUUUCUAUAAGCUGCAUAUUCAGCAGAAUAUUCUCCCAAAAUUGAUUGCUGUUUGACUGAUGGUUUGUAAGGGGCUGGCCAUACCAUCCAAUUGCAAAAAGAUUAAGAUCUGGUCUAUGCGUUUUCUUAUCCUUUUUUUUUGUGAAAUUCCUGUUCUAGAUCACGGGGGAGGUGGCUCUACAUUGUGAGAUAUCAAGGAAGAAUUAAGAACACGGCAAAAUUGGAAGUGUAACGUCUAUUUUACAAUGGGAAAAUUGAUUCAAAAAUGUUAAGGAGGGAGCAGAGCAAACUUAUCCGCUGUCAAACAUGGCCCUCUGAAUACAUGCACCGUGCAGGAGGCAUUUUGUGAUUUCUGCAGUAGCCUUGUGGAAAAUCCAAAAUGUCUGUGGAGUUUGAUCUGCUGCUCAGCCCUCUCCUAGUUGCACAUGAGGUUUGGAAACUUGGUCCCCGUCCCUCUGGAGGAGGACGAGGGGAUAAUAUGUGGCUUCUGGUCUAUUGCGAGGAUAUUUUCUUGUCAAUCCUUGAAAAUUGGAAGAACCGAUAUGGAUUGCAGCUUUCUUCACGAUUUGCGGCAUCACCAUCUCAAGAAUGGAGAUUAUGUCUUUAUAAAAGGAGUCAUCCCAUGAAACAAAACUACACGAAGAUCUUGUCUGGAGAUGAUACUUGUCGGGGUGGAUGAACAGGUAGUAAAAUAUUGAUAAAGAAGUUUGCCUUCUGCUCCAACUAUCCAUGGUUCAACGACUAUUUCGAGACCCUUGGCUUGACGUCAAUUAAUUAUGAUAUUAAUGAAGAGAAUUAAUAGGACACAAGAAUAAUCAGUUAACAAGCUGCAUUCCGUGAGAAGAAUGAAACAAUUUGCAUAGAAAGUGGGAUGUUUUCAAAAGAUGCAAGAAAAGCUUGUGCUGACAUGGAAAAAAGGAAAAAUCUCUACGCAUUCCAUGAUAUGGUAUCAUUUAGGGUCUCUCAAGUGCUAGUUGCUUGUUUCCAUGUUCAAGUUUCUGAUUUUUCUUUAUUUUCUUGAUUAUGAUUUACCGGUGCAUUGUGUGUUUUAAUACUGAUAUCAUUUUUUCUCACCAUACAUGCUGAUACUGCAUGAUCAUACGCUUGCAUGUGGUUAUUAGUCAGUUUCUAACAUCAUCAUCGUGUGAUUUUCUGAUGGAACCUAUAAAUUUGUUGAAGCAUCGGGCGCAAGAGAUUUAUAAGAACCUAAAAGAUCGAAAAUCGAUCGUUGGAAAACCUCAGACUGCAGUCUUGGCUGCCUGCCUAUUUGUUGCUUGCCGUCUAGAACAUGCCCCUCGCACUGUAAAUGGUACUUUUUGAGCCCAAAAAUGUAUUGCUCAUAUGUGUAUUCUACGUGGGAUCUAACAUCCCCUGGACCUGUCUUUUGCAAUAGAAAUAUUUUCUGUUGCCAAUGGGGCUACCAAAAAGAAAAUUGGUCAAGCAAUAAACAUUAUUGAGGCAGAAAUGGGUUCAACACUUGAGAUGGGGACUGCACGUGCAGGGGAUUUCAUGGUGAGUUUGUGAGACUGCUAUUAUAAUAAUCCUAAAUUAUCUAGUUAUGAUUUUGAAUUGAGAACCGUUGGGUUCAUGGCAUUAUCUUUAUCUGCAGCGGCGCUUUUGUUCCCAUCUUGGCAUGUCAAAUCAAACUGUUAAAGCUGCCCUCGAAGCAGUUCAGAAUUCAGAAGAGCUUGAUAUAAGGUAGUUUUCUUUUUCACCUUGAAACCAGUUGCUCAUCUUCAUCUCGUGUUUGGGCACUGAACUUAGAAAAUCAAGUUGAUUCUCGAAACACACCAUCCAUAAAAAUGGCCUGAAAAUAUGAUAUGUUGAAAGAGAAAAACUCCUCUCUCUCUCUCUCUCUCCCUCUACCCCCCAUUUAUUUUUCCAUCCAUGUUGUGGACAUGAACGAGCUGACAUUACAUAUUAGUCACCUGGGUUGUGGUUGGCUUUGCAGAGAAAAAUAUAUUACAAUUAUUAUUAUUUUAUUGUUGGAUUGUGCUUGAAAUUAUGGCCCCUCGCAUGAAGAACAUAUUAGUAAAAGAAUAAAUGAAAGCAAGACAGUGAUCUAUGAUGCUACAGUCAAAAGAAGAAGAUUGGAGCACAGCUUUUUUUCCCAUGCCAUGGCUCUGUCUCGGAAGCAGCAGCGUCUGACUAUUCGCCAUGUGUUGAAGAAAAGGCAGCAACACAGAAGACCGAAUUUAGGGUACAUAAUACAGGUGUGAGUAUUACAACAUGAUUUCUUUGAGGACCAAAAAACUGUGUAGACCCUUGAUGUUAGAGAAGCCGUGCUCACCAAAAAACUGGUUUCUACCAGAUUUCAAGCAUAUCUGCUCAACGUUCGUCGGUCUUGUUACCAUAAGGAAGCCAGUAGAGGAAGUCUACGACUGCGAGUGAGCUCCAUUGAAGGAUGUUGCAGAAAUAAUUCACUGACAGACCAGCACUGUUGAAGGGAUCAAACUGUGGACUGGUUGGUCGUGCUUUCCAAUGAAGAGCUUAUUCUCUCAGAAUCGAGAUGAUUAGCAGAACAGUUCUUACUAGAAAAUAUUGGUUUCUAGUUGGCUGGUUUUGAUUUAGUGGAGCUGAGAGACUAUUUUGGUGGUUCAUGGACUCAGGUUGACGGAUAGUUUUCAUGAUGAUAAUGAUGAUGAUCUGUAGAUUUUUUUUGAUAUUCAUUGCAUAAUUUCAGGUAAAAUCGGUGAUUACAGAGACUAUUGGGAGUAUGAAUUAGAAGAUAAAUCGCAUAUUGUUCUUAGUGCUGAUGAUCAGGAGAUUGAACAUAUUCGCUGUCUCAGGGCCAGAAAAAAAUAUUAUUUUUUUAAAGCAAAAAAUUGGUUGAUAAUUCCUCAUUAUCAGUAUUUUUCUCACUCUUAGUUUGCCUCCUUUCGUCAGUAUUUUCUUCCUUCUUCCCGGGAGUGAUUUACAUGCUUUCCAUAUUUAGAUUGUUUCUAGAGAUGGGAGUUAUCAGCAGUAGCUUCUUUCACAUCGACCAUGGAAUGUCCCUCUCUGUGUUUCUCAGUCACUCGCCGCCUAACAUCUGCUGGCUGUCUCUGGUUUUCUUUCAGGCGGGCGCCACUGUCUGUGGCCGCGGCGGUCAUCUACAUGAUCACCCAGCUGUCGGACGAGAAGAAGCAGCUCAGAGGUUGGGGCUCUAAACCCCCCCCCUUCCCCCCCUUCCUCUCUCUCUCUCCUCUCUCUCUCUUCUUUCUCACGCGAAGCAGCGUGGGCGUGUUCCCCGAAGCAGAUAUCUCGCUCGCCACCGGCGUAGCAGAGGGCACCAUCAAGAAGGCGUACAAGGACCUCUACCCCCACGCCGCCAAGCUGAUCCCCAGCUCCUUCGCCCCCGAGGAAGAUCUCCGGAAGCUCUCCAGCCCCUGA